AUGCAAUACAAAGCCAGCCUCAUUGCCGUUCUCGGCCUCAGCGCAACCUCCUUUGCCGCACCCCAAGCUUCCAUCCCAGAGCUCGCAUCCGCUCCCUCCGUCCUCUCCGAGCUCCCCUCUACCCCAGUCUCCGCUCUCCCAAUCCCAAGAGAUGCGCAAAACCUCGCCUCGCCUUUCUCAGCCGUCGAAGGUGUCGUCUCAAAGGUUGGAGCCAAGAGACAAAUUGGAGGACUCACCGGUAUCACUAGUAUAGCCUCACCUGUCGUUUCGCCAGUAACUGAUAUCCUUGCCGACGUCGCUAUCAAGCGCAACGUCGUUCAAGUCACCGACGUUGUCACCUCCAUCAAAUCCGUCAGAACCACUGUCGUUUCUGAUGUUACUUCCAUCAAAACUCUCAUCACCUCUGUUGGUACCACUGCAGCCGGCCAACAAGGUCUUGCCGAGGAGAUCAUCAAGGAUUUGGGAGAUAUUGUUGCCGCACUUACUGGCGCCGUUGAUGGUGUUCUCGCCCAGACCUUACCUACUGUGCUUAACGUUGUUGUCACUGAGGUUAAUGAUGUUCUCGCCAUCUUGUCUGAUGUCGAGGCCAUUGUUUUCCAAAUCGUUCAAGUGCUUUCAGACCUUCUCGGUAGUCUUUUGGACUCAACCUUUGAACUCGUCACUGCCGAAGUACAGGAAGUCUACACCCUUCUCGGCCCAGUCCUCACUCCAGUUCUCAGCUUUGUUGGCCUUGUCCAAGGUGAUGCUGGUGUGAUUCAAGAGGUUAACACUGCUGUAGGUGGUAUCUUGACCACCGUCAACGGACUUUUGAGCGAGAAGGGAUUGAAGGAGAUCGAAUUGUAG